CAGGGGGGAUUGUCGAGUGAAAAAAAAAACAAUACCGGAAUCUAAGCAGAAUUAUAAAAACCCAGGAGAACCGCUGUUUGGCAUCCAGUCUUGUCUGUGACAACCAAAUCGACUACAUCAACAUGAAGUUCUUUAAGGCUAGUUUAGUUGGAUUGGCGUUAGUCGCCCACUGCAUAGCCGCCGACGAUGCCAAAACUGAAAACAAACCAAACAACAAAAGAAGUGCUUCCUCGUCUUAUUCCGGGUUAGGACUUUCUGGAUCAUCUUACGGUCUGUCCGGAUACGGUUCAGGUCUUCCCUCGUACUCACCAGGCAUCGGUGGUAUUUCCGGAUACAGCUCCUCUCUCGGUUACGGAUCUUCACUUGGAUAUGGCUCCUCGCUCGGAUAUGGAAUUGGCUCUUCGGCCGGUUACGGUAUCGGCUCGUCGGCUGGUUACGGUAUCGGCUCUUCUCUCGGUUACGGAAUUGGAGCUUCAGCCGGAUACGGCUAUGCCGCGGCCGCCCCAGCUAUCGGCUACGCUGCCCCGUCUAUCGGUUACUCCUCGGCCGUGCCUACCAGAGUGAGCACAUCCAACAGCAUUUACUCCGUUUCCGUGCCACAACCGUACGCCGUACCAGUAACUCGUCAUAUCCCAGUUUCCGUUCCUCACCCAGUGCCGGUGUCCGUACCUAGGGCUGUUCCAGUAAGCGUACCUCACCCGGUGCCGGUCACCGUCAACAGACCGUACCCAGUGGACGUACCGCGUCGCGUACCAGUCAGCGUUCCUCAUCCAGUGCCAUACAACGUUAACCGAGCCGUGCCAUACGCAGUGCCACAACCAUACCCCGUCGAAAUCCAACAAGCUGUACCAUACGCCGUGCCGACCCCAGUCAUCGCUCCGGUCCCAGCUCCGGUUGCCGUCCCUGCUCCCACGUACGCCGCGGCCGCACCAGCCAUUGGCUACGCCGCCGCUGCACCGGCUGUUGGCUACGCCGCCGCUGCACCGGCUGUUAGCUACGCCGCCGCUGCACCGGCUGUUGGCUACGCCGCCGCUGCACCGGCUGUUGGCUACGCCGCCGCUGCACCAGCUGUUGGCUACGCUUCCGCCGCACCAGCCUACGCAUCAUCUUACGGAUCUGAAUCCUACGCUGCUCCCGCUAUCGCCUCUGAAUCUUACAGUUCCCCAGCUAUCUCUUCUGAAUCUAUUGCCGCCCCCGAAUCCAGCAUUUCUUUAGGCUCUCCAUCCUACUCUUCGUCGUCUUAUGACUCUUCAUCAUACUCGGCACCUUCCUCGUCAUACUCUUCAUCAUCAUACUCUGCACCAUCUUCAUCUUACUCUGCACCAUCCUCGUCGUACUCUUCAUCAUCUUACUCUGCACCAUCCUCGUCAUACUCAUCCCCAUCCUCAUCAUACUCUGGCUCGUCUUCAUACUCUGCACCCAGUUCCUCGUCUUACUCUGCACCCAGCUCCUCGUCUUACUCUUCGCCGUCUUCAUCCUACUCUUCUUACUCUUCACCGUCUUCAUCGUACUCGUCAUCGUCAUCUGACUACUCCAGCUCUCCUUCAGGAAGUUACAGCUCCGGACUUGGUUCCUCCUAUGGACCACCAUCGUCGUCCAGCAACGGUUACAAAAAAUUUUAAAUUUUGGUAAACUUGUGACCGAUCAAUUUUAGCCUAAUUUCCUAGGCUGCACAGUCAGACUUCUAUUGUUUAUAUAUUAUUAUUAUUAUUAUUAUUUGUUGUUGAUUUUGUAUGUAAACAACGUGUUAUAAUUAUAAUUAUGUAUUUUAAGUGUGUCCAAUAUUUAAUUUACUUGAUACAUAUUAUUUUUAAUAAAACCAAAAAAUAAAUAAUAUUGAUUUAUAACUCA